AUGGACAAUAAGCUCGAAAAAGAAAUCGUUCAGAAGAUCAGAUUGCAAAUGGAAAAACACACCACUCAAAUUGAAACUGACACAAUUCGUACAACUAAAUAAGCAAGAUAAAAUUCAUAAUUAAUCAAAACUUCAAGGAAUAUUAAAGUCGAACCUAUGGGAAAUGUUCCAACAGUGAUGCAAGUAGCGACUCAGAAUCAAACAACCUCCUAAUUACCAGGCAUUAAAAAGAAGAAAUUAAAGAAAUUUGAUGGCAUCUAUUAUUUUGAUCCUAAAUAUCCUUAAGAUUUGAUCUUUUAAGAAAGAUAUGCAUCUAUGAGACACUACUUCAAUGUUAUGAAUUUGUCGAAUUGUCUUUUUGUUUCCCCAAACUAAAAUAUUUACAAGGCAUAUGUUGGAAAGGGAAAUAAUGGGAUGCUGGUCAGAUAGAUAUUGAAAAGUAGAUGGUGGUGGAGUAUUCAGGAUGAACAAGAAUCAUGUCAUUUUGUUUGGACUCAAUUAAAAGUGAACACCAUACAUGAAAAUAUGAAGGCCUUAAAUAGAAAUCCUAAUGAAUCCAUGAGUUGUCAAAGUGCCUCAUCAUCUCUAACAACAAUAGGUUCUGUUAGUUUGGGGUUUUCGAAACAAGAUGAACAAAGUGAAAGCGAAUAGAUUAAAGUAGAUGCCAUUCAAAAAAUCAAUAACUAGUGGAACAAAUUUCUCUCAAAUGCUGAAUUAAGACAAUUCAGUACAAUUCUGAAUGGACAAGGAAGACAAUCAAAAUUAUUAACCUUGGAGUAGGCCCAGGCAGUAAAACCAAAACUUUCUAUUUAUAAUGAACCUGUUAAAGCACAUAAUCACUUAGAGAACAAUUUUCAUCUUGGUAAUAAGAAAGCCUUGUUUUACAAUAUGAAAGCAUACUAUGAAUCCUAAAACUUAAAUGUAUUUGAAAAUCUACCAGUUACAUAUCACAUCAAAAGUCUAGAUGGACCAGAGUAUCAUCAAUUCAUGGAAGCAUACAAAGAAAGAUAAUAAUUGAUCAAUCAGGAAAGUGAUGAAAAGAAUAAACGCAGAAAUAUUUGGAUUAUCAAGCCUGGUGAAAUUACAAAUAGAGGCAAUGGUAUAAAAGUAUCAGAAGAUCUCAAUGAAAUUCAAUCUAUUUUAAAUUCAAGAGAAAUGCAUAAGAAUGGAAGCUAUAAGACCUUUAUUGUGUAAUUGUAUAUUGAUAGACCUUUGCUUUAUAAUAAACGCAAAUUUGAUAUACGAUGUUAUAGCAUGUAUGUAUCAAUUAACGGAAAUCAAAAAGGUUACUGGUACACUGAAGGGUAUGUCAGAACAUCGAGUAAAGAAUUCACGAUGAAAAAUCUUACUAACAAAAUGGUUCAUUUAACUAAUGAUGCAGUUUAGAAAAAAGGAGAAGAUUAUGGAAAAUAUGAAAAAGGCAAUAAAGUUAGUUUUGAAGAAUUUUCAGUAUAUGUUGAAAAUCUCGGAGGGGAUUUCAAUAAGAUCUAUGCAAAAAUGAAGUAAAUGGCAACUGAAUAAUUUAAGGCAGUGUAUGGUAAAAUAGAUUAGAAUAAGAGAGAGAACACUUUUGAAAUAUUUGGAUUGGAUUUUAUGAUAGAUGACACCUUUAAUCAAACACAAACCCUUCUAUCGAAAUUUGCUCGUCCUUUACUAUCUAAAUUGAUACCUCAAAUGCUCGAUAAUGCCUUCAAAAUUGCUUUAGAUCCAAUCUUUCCUCCUCCAAACUUCUACAAUCCCAAAAAGAUUAUCUGUGAAAAUUAUCUUGAUAACAAAUUUGAAUUGGUUUUUGAUGAAAUGACAGAUGGACCACUUAUUACUCAAUCCCAACCUAAUUAUGAUAUUGGAUUAAUUGAAGAAGAAUCUGAAGAAGAAGAACCAGAAUGA